CUCAAAAUACACACAUAAGCCUGCUCAGAUGCAGUGAGAGAGAGCGGCUCUGUUUUAUCUCUCCCUCCUCCCUCGUCCAUCAGCAUCUAACGGCGCACCGCUUCCACCAAUCUGUGCAGCGAGAGGACCACCCCAACCCCUGAACCUGAAUCUACCCGCCCUGCCCGCUUAUAAAUACUGCUUGACUCACGCCGGCAAGUCUUGGUCGUCAGAAACGCUCAGGGUUGCAGCAGAACAUCCCCCUUCGUCUUAUCCCCUUCAUCGUUUCUCUGUUUUUUAAGAAAACCUCACGCAUCAUCCAUUUUCACUCUCAUUCUUUCCCCCUUUUUUCCGAACUGUAGUUGUUUUUUUGCGGCCAGUUGCAUGCAUUUUUCGUCUCCCAAAAUGGUUUGCGAGACUAAAAUUGUUGCGGACGAACACGAUGCUAUACCUGGGACCAAAAAAGAGUCGAUCAUGUGGAGCUCUCCUCCGUCCAGCGCGGCUCUGAACCCCAGCGAGGCCAAGGAUGUGAGGAAAGAUGCGGUUUUUAUCCGCGAGUUCGAGCGCGGGGAUCAAGAGGAGGUGCGCCGCAUCUUUUACGAGGGUAUUAUGGAGAGGAUACCCAACACGGCGUUUAGGGGGCUCAGGCAGCAGCCCAAGACCCAGUUUUUAUAUGCUCUUCUGACAGUAAUGUGCUUUUUCGUGACCAAAUCCGUCACGCUGACCUGCUGUGCGCCCCUCAUUCUCAUGGGUGCGCGCUACUACUACAGCAGGAAAGUUAUCCAGAGUUAUCUGGACUGUGCUCUGCACACGGACAUGGCUGACAUAGAGGCUUAUUACAUGAAACCCACAGGCUCCUGUUUCUGGGUGGCAGUGCUCGACGGACGUGUGGUUGGCAUUGUGGCGGCGCAGGGCCGUGAGGAUGACAACACAGUUGAGCUACGACGCAUGUCGGUGGACUCGCACUACCGCGGCAAAGGCAUCGCAAAGGCACUGGGUCGUCGUGUUCUGGAGUUUGCCGUGCGCAACAACUACGCCGCCGUGGUCCUCGGCACAACGGCCGUCAAGUUGGCCGCUCACAAGCUGUACGAGUCGCUGGGCUUCCGCCGAACGGGCCAGAGCGAGGACUACAGGCUCCCUGGGAUGAGCCGCUCGCCGCUGGAGAGGCUCUUCUUCCAGAUCCGCUACAGCCGCUACCGCUUGCAGCUCCGCGAGGAGUGAGAGGUGACAGGGAGAGGGAGAGAGAGAUGGAGAGGGGGAGAUGGAGAAAGAGAGGGACAGAGAGAGAGAGCAACGACCCUCCUUCACCUGAGAGCCCCGACUGCAUCCUCUCCUCUGACAGCUUUUAUUUAUUUUGUGUCAUUAGAGAUAACUUCGAGUACUACUUAACACUUCUACUAUUUCAUCUUUAAAGUCACUAACGUUUUUAUUACUAUUAUGCUUUUGUUGCUGUUGUUUUUGUAUUAUACUUUUACAUUUUAAAUAAGAGUUUGUUUCUUUUCCUCUAUUUUAUUAAUCUAUUUUUUUGUACCUUUACCCCUCCCUUUCCAUUGUGGGAGAAAAAAAAAAAAUUGGCAUUCAUAGAAGACAUCUAAGUGGCAACCCAAUAGGCACCCUCCCUUGUCCCUUUGGUUUCAAGAUCAUGUGACUCAGAUCAAUACUACCCUUCAUUACUAUUCCACAAUGCCCCUCUUUACCCCUCCCCCAUUACCUCAAGCCUUCCCUCCCACCUCCCCUUAUUUCCCCACGAUAGGUUCAGACGAGUGCAAUGAGACAUUUGCAUUCUGUUUCAUUGGGGGUGGACAGAGCAAUGGAUGGGUUGGGAGGGGCAGAUAUGGCUUCCUUGAGAGGAAAACUCAUUUAAAGUGGUGGGGGAGCUUGUCGCUUACACUCAGACACACUCUUCUUUUACAAAAGAUUUGCAAUGUUUCAUUUUGUGUGUGUAUUGUGGACAGAGCGUGGUCACACACACACACACACUCACACACACACACACACACACACACACAUACACGUCAAGUCAUAUGGCUUUUAGCCAGUCUCUUAAGACACCAUAUUGAAGCACAGCAAGAGUGUGUUACUGACCCCCAUAGUGAGAGAGAAGGAUGACAGGAUGGUUACCGGAAUAUGUGCUGUGUAUUCCUGCGUCCUAAAUGGACAUGAAACAACACAGUGCAUCUUCCUCACAAACCCUCCUCUUCAUUCUUCUCUCUGCUUAUUUAAUUGGGUGGAAUUAUCCCUCCUUCCUCUCUAUUUUUCCUUCAGAUCUAUCAUCAGUGUAUCACUCCUUUUCUCACCGAAGCUGUGAAGAGGGUCUUUGAUUGGUUGAGGUGACAGGAGGGUGGAGCUUUCUCGCUGCAGUGUCGCACUGACAGAUCCCAAGAUAAAAUAUGGCUGCAUGUCAGUGCUUGUGUGUGUAUGUAAGUGUGAUUGUUAAGAGUAUGUGACUGUGUAUGUGUGUGUGUGUAUGUGUGUGUGUGUGUGUUUGAUGAGGCUAUGGUCACACAUCAGACCACGCCUCCACAGUGUAUGAUGUGAACAAUUAUUUUUAAUUUGCGUGAACAGACACGCACCUUUCUUGCUAUGAGUCAAGUAUUAUCUAACUAAACAUUACUAUUGUCUAUGUGUACUUAUAAAUUGUUUACUGACUGAAGAAAGAUAAAUUCUAACAUUUUGAAAAUGUUUAGUAUUUGACUGAUAAUUAGUAAUUUUAUAACUUUAAACACAAAAUACCACAUUGUAAUACACAAUUUUACUGUCAAAUCUAUGACAAUUACAAAGAAGCUGCAGUCUACACGCCGCGUACUUAAUCCAGGUUAUUUGGGGACAACUUGGGUAAGACAUGACUACAAGCAAUACUUGCAAACCUUCAGUACAUAACUGAGCACAAAAAGUGAAUAAUUACUGAAACCAAUGUAUUGGCAUUAUUAUCCCCCCCCCCUCCCCCAUGUAUUUAUAUUGUGUAUAAAGUUAAAAACUCAUGUAGCAAAGAAAACGUAAAAGUUUCUCCCAUAACACCUUUCUCCAUCUCCAUCCUCCUACCAUACAACCAGCAGUAGAUUCAGCCAUCCACUACUCUGAGCCUAAGUUGUGUCAUCAAAUCAGUUGUAAAAAGUAAAAUAAAAUUAAAAUACGACAAAAAAAAAUCACAUAAAAGGGAAAAAAAAAAACUGAAAAAAAAAAUUGAAUACAAACGUAAUCGUCAUGAAGUUAGCACUGACCCUCCUUGCCUUGCCACCCUUUUCCCCUCCAAACUCUAACCCUACCUCCCAUUCAUGAAUCUGUCUGCAACCCUGGGCAAGACCCCACACCUUCCAUUUGAAACCUGCACACCCUCCACUAACCUUUGAC